UUCAGUUCAGGGGUUAGCUGAUUGCCCUGCGAGCUUGUAAAUAGCAUUCUGCAAAUUAUAACUCAAAAUCAUAACAAAAAUGUCAGCAACAACGCGCGCACAUUGGAAAGAAUAUUGUCAAAUUUGGCAAUGAAUAAUCAGGACAUUGCACAGUUAGAAAUAUUUUGUGAACAAUUGUAUCAAUCUCCUGACCCAUCAGUUCGCAAUGAAGCAGAAAAAGCAUUAGUGUUGUUUUCGAACUCUCCUGACUGCUUGCAAAAAUGUCAAUUUCUGUUAGAACGAGGAACUUCUUCAUAUUCGCAACUUCUAGCAGCAUCUACCAUCACAAAAUUGAUCACCCGAGGUUCUACAUCACUCACAUUAGAUAAUAGAGUGGAUAUACGAAAUUACCUUCUAAACUAUUUUGCUACAAGAUCGAAACUUGUUCCCUUUGUGGUUCAGGCAUUAUCACAGCUUUUAGUUAAAUUAACAAAAUAUGGCUGGUUCGAAUCAAAGAACGAUGCUUGGGUUUUCCGCACAGUUACAGAUGAUAUUCGUCGCUUUCUUCAAGGCUCAUUAGAUCAUUGCAUUAUUGGAGUCAAACUGCUGACUGAACUUGUUGCAACAAUGAAUCAGAGUGAAGAAAAUUUAUCUCUGUCAAAAAAUAGAAAGAUCUCUGCGUCUUUUCGUGAUUCUGCACUUUUUGAAAUUUUUACAUCAGGGUUAAAUAUGAUCAAGCAGAUGUCAAAUGAUAAAUUAACGUUUCAAGACCAGCAGAAGACUACACUGUUGGGCGGCUUGUUAUCACUUGUUCGGUCAUGUUUGGUAUAUGAUUUUAUUGGUACAUCUUUUGAUGAAUCAACUGAUGAUAUUGGUAUAGUUCAUGUUCCCACCACAUGGAAACAAACAUUUCUGGAUUUCUCCUUUCUCCACUUGUUUAUGGAUUUGUAUCUCAUAGUUCCAGUAGAACUUUCUUCUUUGGCAUUGUCAUGUUUUGUACAAUUAGCAUCUAUUCGAAGAUCGUUAUUUGAUGGAACUGAACGGGCAAAAUACUUACAAGAGUUAAUGAAUGGCGUUAAAAAGGUUUUGGAUAGCUCACAGAAACUGGAAAACACUGAUAACUACCAUGAAUUCUGUCGUUUACUUGCAAGAAUCAAAGCAAACUAUCAACUUGGUGAAAUCAUCAAAACAGAUGAUUACAAACAAAAUAUGCAGAUGAUCACCAAAUUCACAGUAACAAGUUUAAGGGUUCUUCAAUUUGCACCGAAUAGUUUAUAUUAUCUUUUAAACAUGUGGCAGAAAAUGGUUUCAUCUUGUCCUUUCGUUCGUGCCAGUGAUUCACAUUUGCUGGACCAGUUUACCCCUGAGAUAACAGAAGCAUAUAUAACAUCACGAUUAGAAACAGUGAAAGAAAUUUUGCAAAAUGGUUCUGAAGAUCCUCUAGAUGACAAAUCAACUCUUUAUCAGCAACUUGACCAGAUUUCCACAAUAGCAAGAUGUGACUAUCCAAAAUCAUGCAGUUUAUUGAUUCAAGCAUUCGAUCGUUCUGCGCAAUCAUAUCAAGAAUUACUCGGGAGUUCUACCACACUAACUUUACAAAUACAUGAAGGUCAAUUGACAUGGCUGGUUUAUAUUAUUGGAUAUUGUAUCGGAAGUCGUGUGUCUUUCUCUUCAACGGAUGAGCAUGAUCGACUUGAUGGAGAACUUUGCUCCAGGAUAUUAAGACUGAUGAAUUUAACAGAUAUGAAACUUCCACAAAUUGGUUCCGAAAAACUUGAACUAUCUUUACUUACUUUCUUUGAACAAUUUAAAAAAAUAUAUAUUGGCGACCAAGUGAACAAAUCUUCAAAGGUUUAUCAAGUUGUGUCUGAACAUUUAGGCAUAUCAGACGAAACAGCAAUGCUUGGUUUGUUUACCAGAAAAAUCAUUACAAAUAUGAAGUACUGGUCUCACAGUGAGAAAAUUAUAAAUGCUACUCUAAGUCUACUCAAUGAUUUAUCUAUGGGAUACAGCAGUGUGAGGAAGUUGGUAAAAUUAGAUGCUGUACAAUUUGUGCUGAAUAAUCAUACACCUGAACACUUUCCUUUCUUGGGCAUUCAUGCUAACACGGUCACAAAGUGCAGGUCACUUUUUUAUACAGCUCUUGGAAGAUUUUUACUGGUUGAUACUGGUGACGAAGAAGAACGGUUUAAAGUGUUUAUCAUACCUCUCUCAGCUGCACUGGAGAACUUAUCGUCACGAGUUAACCCAUCUAACACUGCUACAUACCCUGCUGAUGAAACUAAGCGUUUGAUCAUUGGUGUGUGUAGAGAUUUAAAAGGUCUGGCUCUUGCUUUUAAUACACGGUCAAGUUUCCAAAAUUUCUUUGGUUGGUUAUAUCCCAAAUAUACUGAAGUCUUACAACGAGUUCUUGAAAUGUCAUAUCAUGAUGCUGAAAUUGCAAAUAGUGUUUUAAAACUGAUAUGUGAACUAACACAGAACCGUUCACAACGCUUGCAGUUCGACAUCAUGGUGGCGAAUGGAGUUUUAUUGUUUCGAGAAGUUAGUAAAACGCUAGUAACAUACGGGAGUCGUGUUCUAACGUUAUCAAAUAUUCCAAAUGAUCAAGUAUAUAAUGUCAAAUUAAAAGGGAUUUCUUUGAGUUUUGACAUGUUAAAAGCUGCACUUUCUGGUGGCUAUGUCAACUUCGGUGUACUCAGAUUGUAUGGUGACGACGCUUUAGAUAACGCUAUUAGAAUUUUCGUCAAAUUAUUAGAAUCAAUCGAACAACGCGAUAUCAUGGAUUAUCCGAAACUGAGUAAAAGAUACUACACGUUAAUUGAAGUUAUUGUCGAGAAUCAUAUUGAUCACGUGUGCAACUUGGAUCCACAAGUCUUCGUAUACAUUAUUUCAACAGUAUCUGAAGGACUCACGGCUUUAGAUCUGGGUAUCUCGACUGGAUGUUGUGCUGCGUUAGAUCACAUUGUCACUUAUUUAUUCACUAAUUGGUUAAAAGCCUCGAAAAGUGGUGAUCCUAUGAAGGACGUUGACCAACAUCCAGCCUUAAAAAUAUUAGAAUUAAGGCCGGAAAUUUUUCAACAGAUGUUAGUCAGUGUGAUGAAUAUCGUGAUGUUUGAUGACUGUCGAAACAUGUGGUCAAUGUCGCGACCUUUGCUUGGUCUUAUCCUUCUCAACGAAAAAUUCUUUACCGUUCUUGAAGAACGUAUUACUCAGUUGCAACCGAGUACAGAAAAGCAGCAGCAGCUAGCGACAUACUUUCGUGAACUCAUGGAGGAUGUGGAAAGAUCUCUUUCAACCAAAAACCGAGACAGAUUUACUCAGAAUUUAUCAGGCUUUCGAAGCAACGUCAAGACUUUGUUUGGUGUGUUGGCAUCACAAGCAGUACCUCUCCUCGAGAUAAUGGGAUUCUCAAUGUGAAAUUUUACAUGAAAAAAAAUAACUGUGGCUUAGUUCAUCUGUCAAGGAAAUAUUUAUCCGAUCAGUUUUCAUCAAAAAUAAUAGGUAACUCGCCAAUACUUUUGAAAGAAGAACAUGAUUUCUUUUUUGUAGACGUUUUUUUAUUCUUGUUUAUAUGGUACCAGAAAAGCUGUUAGAUUUUUAGAAAUUUGAAGUCGUGUUGUGA